UAUUUACUUUUUUGCGUUAGUAAAGGAAGUCAAUUUGGAGAACAAGACGUGUCUCAUGACAGGUGCAAGUGGAAGUAUUGGAUUAGAGUUGACACGCUGUCUGAGCUUACGUGACUGCAAAGUUCUUAUGGCGUGUCGAAAUGUAUAUAAAGCAUCACAGGCCACAAAAAAAAUCUGCGAGAAAAACGAACGACUCACUUUUUACGAUGUGAACCUAGCAUCUUUAGCAUCAGUAAGAGAGUGCGCGAAUCGUUUACUUGCAAAUGAAAAGAAAAUUGAUAUUGUUAUUCUAAACGCGGCAACGUUUGGUAUACCAUGGACACUAACGGAAGAUAAACUUGAAACAACGUUUCAAGUCAAUUGUCUCAGCCAAUAUUAUUUAUUGCUUCUAGUGUCAAACAUACUCGCUCCUGAUGCACGUAUUGUAUUCACUUCAACUGAAUCGCAUAGGAACAUAAGGUGGCCAUCGGAAAAUAUUCUACUGCCAAUUUUAGACAACGUAUCGCUACCUAAACAUGAGUAUACUUCGAUUAAGUCGUACAAUAUAUCGAAACUGUGCGGCAUACUACUAAUGCAUUAUUUGAGCAACCAGUGGAGUAGCACUGAGAGGUCUGUGUUCUGCGCACACCCCGGCUCUUUUAUCAAGACUGGUUUAUGUAGCAAUUGGUGGGUCUACGAGUUGCUGUACAUCUUUAUGAUUCCGUUUACUAAGUCUGUUGUUCAAGGCGCUAGUACGAUUAUUUACUGUGCAACCUCUCCAGAACUCAAAGGAUUGACUGCAGCUUAUUUCAAAAACUGUAGGCCCUAUGACGAAAGCGAUCUGGCUAAAAACUUUUGCAUGUCCUAUAGAAUUCACGAUCUAUUAAUUGAUACAUUACGUGAACGCGUUGCUGACUUCGACAAGAUACUGUGUGACUUUAAGUCUAGUCGAAAGCUUUAAAUAUAACGGACCAUUUAUAACGUGACUUAAUUUAUGUACCGACGUACCUAAUUAUUAACCUAUUAAUUGUUGAUUACCAGUAUAGUGAAAAGUAUAUUAGGUAGGUUAUUGUCGAGUCCGGUCUUAG